CGACUUUUGAGUCCUCCUCCUACUAAAUAAAUCAUCACUUUCUCUCUCCUAAUAUUCUCCCACUUCAAACAAAUAAAACCGCCAACCCAUACCCUAUUUCCUCGCUGUUCUUAGCUCUAAAGUUUAAUUGUACAACUAAUCUUAAUAAUUUCAAUUUCUAAUCUCUAUUAAUUCGUCAAUUCACAAUUCACUUUCUCUCUCCUCCUUAAUCUCCCCAUUCUCUCUCCUCUGGUUCGACCUGUAACCGUCUUUCAAACUGUUAGCCGACUUCACACAAUUCUCUACGAAUCUUCAUCAACCUUCCAAUUAGUACGAACAUGGCACCCACAGAUCCGAAGCAAGCUGCUUCUGCUGGUGGAUUCUUCGCUUCAAUCGCAUCUACUUUCUCUAAUUUUGGCACUUCUGUGCACAAAUCUGUUAAAGGAUCGACAGAACAAGAAGGUUUGGAAGUUAUAAACCCCGAUGGAGGAACUGAUGAUGCGGUAGAGGAAGCACAGAAGGGAAGGUGGAAGCAGGAGGAUAGAGAUGGUUACUGGAAAAUGAUGCAAAAGUACAUAGGCUCUGAUAUUACAUCAAUGGUCACACUGCCAGUUGUUAUUUUUGAACCAAUGACAAUGUUGCAAAAAAUGGCUGAGUUGAUGGAGUACUCCCACCUGCUUGAUGAGGCGGAUAGAUGCGAGGAUCCUCACCUGAGACUGGUUUAUGCCUCGUCCUUUUUUAUCUCUGUCUACUUUGCCUUCCAACGCACAUGGAAGCCUUUCAAUCCAAUCUUGGGUGAGACUUAUGAGAUGGUGAAUCAUGGAGGCAUUUCGUUUAUAGCAGAACAAGUGAGCCACCAUCCGCCAAUGAGUGCUGCACAUGCAGAAAAUGACCAUUUCACAUAUGAUAUAACAUCAAAGCUGAAGACGAAAUUUCUAGGAAACUCAGUCGAUGUAUACCCUGUUGGAAGAACACGAGUGACUUUAAAAGGCCAUGGUGAUGUUCUAGAGUUGGUGCCCCCUCCAACCAAGGUCAACAAUCUUAUAUUCGGAAGAACUUGGGUUGAUUCACCUGGAGAGAUGGUCCUCAGUAACUUGACCACUGGUGAUAAAGUUGUGCUGUAUUUUCAACCAUGUGGCUGGUUCGGAGCUGGCCGUUAUGAAGUUGAUGGCUAUGUGUAUAAUGCGGCUGAUGAACCACAGAUCUUGAUGACUGGAAAAUGGAAUAAGGCCAUGAGCUAUCAACCGUGUGACUCUGAAGGGGAACCAUUACCAAGCACCCAAAUGAAAGAGGUAUGGAGGGUUGCUGAUGUUCCAGAAGGCGACAAAUAUCAAUACACGUAUUUCGCACACAAAAUCAACAGCUUUGACACUGCACCUAAGCAGUUGCUGGCAUCAGAUUCUCGGCUGCGUCCUGAUAGAUAUGCACUUGAAAAGGGUGAUUUGUCGAAAUCUGGUUCCGAAAAGAGCAGUUUGGAGGAGAGACAAAGAGCUGAAAAAAGAACUCGUGAGGCGAAAGGAGAACAAUUUAUUCCCAAGUGGUUUGACUUCAACGGUGAAGUUACCACCACUCCUUGGGGUGAUUUGGAAGUUUACGACUACAACGGCAAAUACACUGAACAGAGGGAAAUUGUGAAGAACAACGAUAGUAUUCACGAGGUUGACAUCCAAUCAAUAGAGUUCAACCCUUGGCAAUAUGGAAGUGUAGCUGAAGAGUAGCUUGUAGUGCAUCCAUGUCUUCAAAAUUGUCCUUAAUUCACUUUAUAUUCUUAUUUGUGACCAACUCUUUUUCCAGAAUCGAUUCUUGGAAAAAUAGUAUUGCUACCGAUAUCGAUAAUGUAGGGUAUAUCUAUGGCUUGUAACCUUUUCAUUUUUGUGAUUCUUGAUGAUGUGUAUAUUGUGAAAUUAUUAGCAACUCAACUCGUCAAGUCCUAAUUGAAUAGUGUCUCUUCUUCUGGUCA